CACCCUCCUGUGUUACCGUAGACGCUUCGCUAGAAACGGCCCUCUUUUAAAGUUCCUGGGGGAAGAGUGGGGCGACCCGGACAAACCGAGGGGAAAAGGGCCAAGAUCGAACUCAGGGGAUAAAUAUUUACACAGAUUUCAACACGGGAGGAUUAAUAUUAAACCGGACACAAGAAAUCUAAGGUGAGACACAGAAAACCAUCGUCUUGAGCCCGAGAACGUCAGAAAAUAAAGAAAAUGGCGGAGCCGGACAAAUUAAACAUCGACUCUAUAAUUCAGCGUCUCUUGGAAGUCAAAGGAUCUCGGCCAGGGAAGAACGUCCAGCUGACCGAGAAUGAGAUCCGUGGCCUCUGCCUCAAAUCUCGUGAAAUCUUCCUGAGCCAGCCGAUCCUGCUUGAACUGGAGGCUCCCCUGAAAAUCUGUGGUGAUGUCCAUGGUCAGUACUAUGAUCUGCUCCGGCUCUUUGAAUAUGGAGGGUUCCCCCCAGAAAGCAACUACCUGUUCCUGGGUGACUACGUCGACAGAGGAAAGCAGUCACUGGAGACAAUCUGCCUGCUUCUAGCCUAUAAGAUUAAAUACCCAGAGAACUUUUUCCUGCUGCGUGGCAACCAUGAAUGCGCCUCUAUUAAUCGAAUCUAUGGCUUUUACGAUGAGUGUAAGCGACGGUAUAACAUUAAAUUGUGGAAGACCUUCACAGACUGCUUCAAUUGUUUACCUGUGGCUGCCAUUGUAGAUGAGAAAAUCUUCUGCUGUCAUGGAGGCCUCUCUCCUGAUCUCCAGUCAAUGGAGCAGAUCCGCAGAGUUAUGCGACCCACAGAUGUGCCUGACCAGGGUUUGUUGUGCGACCUGCUGUGGGCUGACCCAGACAAAGAUGUGCUCGGCUGGGGUGAAAACGACCGUGGAGUCUCCUUCACAUUCGGUGCAGAUGUGGUGGCCAAAUUUUUGCACAAACAUGACAUGGACCUAAUAUGCAGGGCGCAUCAGGUGGUUGAAGAUGGUUACGAGUUUUUUGCAAAGAGGCAGCUCGUCACUCUGUUCUCCGCUCCCAACUACUGUGGAGAGUUUGACAAUGCUGGUGCCAUGAUGAGUGUGGAUGAGACGCUCAUGUGCUCCUUCCAGAUCCUGAAGCCAGCAGAUAAGAAAUUAUAUCCUUACGGUGCUGGGGGAGGAAUGGGAUCAGGGAGGCCGGUCACCCCUCCGCGAAAUUCAGCCAAGGCCACCAAGGCCAAGAAAUAACACCCACUGGGUCCACUUCCCACAACCUGCCACCCCCUGUUGGCCCAAUGCUUCUUUUUUUGUUGUUGUUUUAUUUCUCCUCCUCUACCUCCCAAACCUUUGUCUCCCUUGUCACCAAAUGGCAACAAAGAAACCAAGUGUCCAGGGUUCAAUCAUGUUUUUUCUCACUAAAACUAUUUUUAACUGUUCGUUUGGUUGACUGGUUGAAUUUUGCGUGAAUGAGUGUGUUUAAAAAAAAAAAAAAAAAAAAAAGUGUGAAUGAUGCAGAGGGAGCUUCUGUGUUCUGUACGUAUGUUUUCUGCCUCUUCCUGUGCCCUGCGUUUGGUUUUCCUGUCAUUUUGUAGAGGUGGGCUCUGCCCAUCCUUCAUAUAAGCUCAAACCUUGCAGAGGAGGAGUAAAAAAGGGGUGGGGGGGUGGGGGCUUAGCUGUUUACAGUAAGGCCUGCACUGUUUGAUGUUAAACACAAGCUUUUGUACAUCCUGUCUCUGAGGUCCGUGUAUCUCUGUGUUAUGUGAUGGGUCGGGAGGGGGUUGCUGGGUUUUUGGGGAUCAAGUUGCACGGUCAUACGGUAACGGCACAUACCACACACUGGGUGCACGGGUGGAUAUAUGUGCAGGUGAGUCCUUAAAUGAAAUGGAUUCACAAUAAUAUAUAUAUAUUUUUCUUUCCUCUUCCAUUUUUU